CCUCAUCCUUGUGACGUCACGUCCGGCGUGCGCGGCUGUUGUUUUCGGGCUGCGCGUUGAAUGGCCUCAAACCCUCUGGGCUUCGGGACGGGACGUUGCUUACGUGAGCAAAAAUGGAUGAAGUGGUGCCUGAUGCUUCUGAGAAGCUUAUAGUCAUCCAUUCAAAAGUUCACAGAGAUACUAUUCUUACCAACUUUGAAGAGCAGAGGAAAAAGGAUUUUUUGUGUGAUAUCACUUUAAUUGUAGAAAAUGUUCAUUUCAGAGCACACAAAGCUUUGCUUGCUGCCAGCAGUGAGUAUUUUUCAAUGAUGUUCGGUGAUGAGGGAGAGAUUGGCCAGUCAAUCUACAUGCUGGAAGGCAUGGUGGCAGAGGCUUUUGGUGCACUCCUGGAAUUUAUCUACACAGGUUAUCUGCAAGUGAGUGAAAAAAAUGCAGAGCAAAUUUUAGCUACUGCUCAACUUCUCAAAGUGAAUGACUUAGUAAAAGCAUACACUGAUCAGCAGAAGAACUGUAGUUUGAACAGUACAUUAUCUGCCAUUCCUGAUGAUGGAACCACAAUGGCUCCAUUGCUAAACAACCAAAAAAGUGAAGAUCCACCAAAGCGAAAACGUGGAAGACCAAGAAAAGUUAAGAACAUCCAGGAAGAAAAGCUGGGGAUGUCUUCUGCUGAAGAUGUGCAGCUAAGAGAAAAUAAUUCUGUUCAAAAUAAGCAAAAUUUUAUGAAGAAUGAUGCUGUGGUGGAAGAUAGAAAUUCCAAUGAGCUGAUUCCAGUAAACAGAGAAGCGGGAGAAGCAGAGGACAUUUGUAGUUCUGAUGCUGUGGGGAGUGUUUCCACUGAGAAGGAUGAGAACUGUGAUCCUCAAUGCCAGAGUACACAGACUAACCAGAGUCGUUACAGCAAGCGUAGGAUACGACGGUCUAUCAAAUUAAGAGAUUAUAAACUUACUGGUGAUGAAGAGGAUAGUGGACUGAAAAAGAGGACUGAUGGGAGAAGAAAACGUACUGGCUCAGUUCAGUGCAAAGACUGUGGGAAGCUAUUUAAAUAUAAUCAUUUUUUAGCUAUUCAUCGAAGAAGUCACACAGGGGAGCGACCAUUUAAGUGCAGUGAAUGUGGCAAAGGCUUUUCCCAGAAACACUCUCUCCAGGUCCAUGAACGAAUGCAUACUGGAGAACGGCCAUAUACCUGUACUGUUUGCAGUAAGGCUUUAACGACAAAGCAUUCUCUCCUAGAACACAUGAGCCUGCAUACAGGUCAGAAAGCUUUUACCUGUGAUCAGUGUGGAAAAUACUUCAGCCAGAAGAGGCAACUUAAAAGUCAUUACAGAGUUCACACAGGCCAUUCAUUGCCAGAAUGUAUCCUGUGCCAUCGCAAAUUCAUGGAUGCAGCUCAGUUGAAGAAACAUUUAAGAACACAUACAGGUGAAAGGCCAUUUACUUGUGAAAUCUGUGGCAAGUCUUUCACGGCAAAAAGCUCUCUUCAGACUCACAUCAGAAUCCACAGAGGAGAAAAGCCAUAUUCAUGCAGCAUUUGUGGGAAAUCCUUUUCUGAUUCCAGUGCCAAGAGGAGACAUUGUAUCUUACACACUGGCAAAAAGCCCUUCUCUUGUUCCGAGUGCUGUGUGCAGUUUUCACGCUUAGACAAUUUGAAAUCACAUUUAAAGAUUCAUAUAAAAGAAAAACAGCUACAGGAAGCAAAUAGCGUUCCCACCAGCAGCGGUACAGAGGAAAUAAGGAACAUUGUGCAGCUGCAGCACUAUCAGCUCUCUACCUCUGGGGCGCAAGAGAUCCAGCUGCUAGUUACCGAUUCAGUGCACAAUAUAAAUUUUGUGCCCAGCCAUAACCAAGGGAUCAGUGUUGUCACUGCUGAUGGUUCCCAAAACGUGAUGGCAGAUCAUGCAGGCAGUCUGACCCUUCUCACUCAGCCACCACAACAGCUGCAGAACUUGCUUCUUUCGUCCCAGCCAGAACUGACAGACCAGACGGAUAACAUCAACAUUGUGAGCAGCCAGAUGGAGCCUGCCCAGGCUGAGCAAAUGCACGUCAUCACCCUUUCCAAAGAAGCUUUGGAACACCUCCAUGCUAGUCCAAGUCCAGCCGAAGUGCUUCAGAUAGAAACAGGGACAUCACAUCCAACCCAGCACCUGCAAGUGGCACAAGAAACUAGCCAUCAGUUUCGCAUCAGCCAAGAAACAGUAUUACCUCCUCAAAUUAGCAAAGUACAGUCCCAAACUGCACAUGUCUCCGAACCACCUCAGCAGGCUUUAACUGUAGACCAGUCAUCAGGGGAACAUCACAUUGAGAGACAGACUUUCUAAAUAUUUGUUGAUUUGGGUUCUUAAGUAUUUAUCAAGAAUGAUAUGAGCUCUUUCAUGCUAUCGGUGUCUCAUUUCUUUUAUUAUCCAUUUACCUUUGCCUUUAACACUGAUGAUUGGCUAUAUUGUAGCUGACUUUUUUGAAACAGCUUUAUUAAUUUAACUCUACAUUGAGACGGUAGUUUCUUAACCUGCCAGUAUUGACUUUGCCUAAAUUCCAAUUAAUAUUGAGAUGUUAUAGGCAUGACCCAACUAAAAUACUUGACAUGUUAAUAAUCUUAGUGGGCUGCAUAAAUCAAUCCACUGAGUUUGCGUUAAUUGGGGAAAACUUGUCUUUUUAUUUCCAGCACUUUUAUUUCGAUUUG